CAGUGCCUGCCAUUGGCACAGGGUGCCACAGUCAGUGCCUGAAGCGGAUCAGUGGCGUAAACAUUGGCUCAACAGCUGGUGGGUGCACUGCGUGUUCGUCGGACCUGGACGGGCGCCAUGCCCCCCACCUGGCUGUUGGCCGCCCUUCUGGGGGCCGCCGCCGGCUGUCAGGACAUCCAGCUGUACUUUGGGCGGCUGCCGUCCUCCAUGGAGAUCGAGAGUGUCACUCUGCUGCCAUCGGCCACCUCCUGUAGCUGCUGUGGUCUGUGCCACCGCAACCCGGCCUGCCAGAGCCUCAUGUUCCGCGCAGACGACAACCAGUGCAUCCUGUACAGCUCAGUCGGCGGGCUGGCCGAUUUUGACCGCAAGGCACCCUGGACCAAUGAGAAGUUCUUCUUCAUGCCCGGUCGCUCCCAGAGCGGGGAGUUCUGCCAAACGGACAGCGACUGCAUCACGUCGGGGGACUUUUGUCGAGGAAGGAUCUGCACCACUGAUGACACUCUUACGUGCCGUGACUUCUACGAUAUCAACAACAACCUGCGCAGCGAUCGCUACUGGGGCUACAUCGCCGGUCGGGAGAUCCUGCUCGGAUGUUCCAUGGGCAGUCGUCGUGGCCUCACUCAGCUGAUGCGGACGUGGCCGUCGGAGCAAUGGACUGCAGCGAGCCGACUGAACAUGACCACGUAUAACAAUGACGGCACCGCCAGGACGAACCACCUCCAGUCCAUCCUGUGGGCGGCUGACAUUAUCCGCGACGCCUCUUCAAGCUCGGACUCGACCUACCAAGUUCUCGUCAGCGGCUAUCGCGUGGAUAAACAAGGCUCAGAUGAUCGGGAGGACUGGAUUCACCACCACCGUAACAUAAUGUUCGCUGUGCCGAGGGAUGUCAGCCUCUUGGGCGACACACCCCGCAGCAUACCGUACAACGUUGAGGGAGGACACUCGUUCGCCUUCGCCGACGGUUCGUCUGUGUCCUUCCCGUAUCUGGUCAACUCCGGCGGACAGAUUCUGUAUCACGCCAACAUGAAUCCCAGCUCAAACUUUGGCGUGAUCGUGCGCACGACUGGGCCGCUGCGUUGGGUGGGGCCAACGGACUAUCCCAACUACAUCACCGUCUACAUCAGGGAGUAGGCGGGGCCGUCGGUUUACCUGAACUCCAACCACAUCACCGACUAUGUCGGGGAGUAGGCGGGGCCGUCGGACUACCUGAACUAGAUGGCUGGACCAUUUAGGGGAAAGGAAGGUCCACUACAAACGUAAGAACACUCUUUGAUUUUGAGACGAUCUUUUCUUGUCUAUUGAGUGAUGGGCUGGUUUGGGAGAAUAUACAACACCAGUGGAGUGAA